GAUACAUUGGAUCUCUGUUUUAAUUUAAAUCGAUCUGAAGAUGUCCUGCGUGGGAAUGUCCUGUUACGGGGAUGGCUUCCGCUUGGCUGGUCCCGCAUCGGAAUGCUCACUUAGGAGCAAGGCUCGUAUCGAUGCCCUUUUCGAGGACUCGAGGUCGAUUUACGGGUCCAACAUUGGCGGCUGGUACGGAGGAGUGUCCACCAUGAACUCGAACCAUCUGGAGGACAUCGGGGCGGACGAGCAGAGAAGGGUGAACAGUGCCGUGCAGGCGCGGAUUGAGGCGAUGUUCGCCUCCGUGGAGGCUGAAAGCGGAACACCCGGGGACUGCGCCGCCGCGAUUUUACCGGUGAAGUAUAUGGGGGCAGCUCCUGUAGGUGGUCGCGUGGCGAGCGUCCGAGGUCUUCAGGAGCCUCUACGUCAGCUCCUGGAGAGAAUCGAGUGCGCCACGAGGGCAGAACUCGAAGUUUCUAGACGGGGACUGACCUUCCGCACGGCAGACACCUCCGAGAAGAACAAUCCCUUCCGUAGGAUCGCUGUGUGGAGCGCGUUGAGGCUUCGAAGUAAACGUAUGCCAUUAGGAGAACUGCAUCACGCUUUCUUACCGUUGGUCGGCGAUCAUGACCAGAGUCAGACAGGCGAGGAAAAGCACGCGGACCUAUACAGAACGAUGCGUGGCUUGAAGACAACGGCGGAACAUUAUCCACCCAUAUUCGCGGUAGUAAUGCGACGACCAGGUGCCACCAGGUUGCUAGAAUGCCACGCAUUUUCCUGCGAUACGGAAGAGGAUGCAGUAGCUGCUGCAGCAACUCUCUACAGGGCACUUUUGGCUGAUCUGGAUGCGAAUCGGCGUCGUCCAAGGCACACGAACGGCGUCGGUUGUGUAAGUCUAGCUUCAGUUGCCUCCAGUGUUAGGGAACCCAGUCCAAGUAGCCGAAUCAGCACCAUGAUGAACGUCCUGAAAGCAGAAGCUGUUAAAUCGAAUCCACCGCAUCCUGUUAGGCCUCCACGAACGAAGAAAACUUCAGUUUCUAGCUGUAUAACCGAAGAUGAAACUGGGAAAUCAUUAGAGUUACAAAAGACACCCAGGAGGAAGAAAAAGAAUUCCGAUAUCAAGGCGGAAGAUAUUUUGGAGGCUCGAGGGAGGAGAAAAGAAGUUACCUCGAAGGAAAAAGUCAGUCCUGUUGUUCAAAGUUUUAGUUCUAUCCAGAAGAAUUUCGAUUCGAGGGUAUCCAAGAAGGAGGAACGACAGAACUCGAAAAACAAGACGUUUGGAAGUAAAAAAGAAUCGACUACUCCUGAGAAAAUUGAAAUAGGGAAAUCUGAGAACAAGAUUUAUGAACUUGGGAUUAACGGGUUUUAUGAGACAGUUUCUAAUAGAUACGAGAAGCUCCCUGUGAUUGGAAAAAUGGAAAAAUGCGAAGGUCCAGGGAAACAGAGUCCGAUUAAGGAACCAGAAGAUGUUAAGGAGAAAAUUUACGAGAAGAAUCAUGGAUCUUAUGAUUUGAAUUCUUCAAGGGAUACGCCCAAGAGUCUCGGCGUACACACACCAAGACCAGAUGUUUUGAUCUACGACAGGAUCGAGAAGUUAGGUUGUAAGAGCGAAGAAAACUCACUGUAUGAACGAGCCUGUAAGAGAGGUAGCAAGGAGACGCUCUAUGAAGAACAUUUUAAAGACGUGGAUAAGAUAUACAGUCUUGCUCAGGAGGAUAUUUACAGCGGUAGAAGCAGUAAACUAGAAAGAGAAAAGAUAAGAAGUUCCCAAGAGGAUAUUUUCUUCGGUAGAUCUUGUAACAGUGAUCUUUAUCAACUAAAUCAGCAGACUCGUGGAGAUUUAAUAUACGCGGAACGAAAAAGGUCGAAGGACCAAGAAAAAGCUACGUCUGGAAGACGAGUGAGUAGAGUAGUUACCAUGGACAAGCCCCUGAAGAAACACUUGAGCGAUUCCACGUCGAAUUUGGACAUGCCAGAGUACAAUCAGCCUAGAGUUAGGAAGAGGAGUAGGGCUGGCAGCGAACCACCUGUUAGUAGGUCCGAGGAUGCGAUGAAAAUUCUUCAGGAAACCAGAUUAAAGAGAUCUCAAAGCGACGUAGACGUUGAUCGAGGAGAUUUGAUGACAAGGGUCGAGUUACCUCGAAGAGGAAGUUUUUUAAACCCUGGCAGUGCUAGGAGGCCUAACAGCAUCAAAGGUGGUACUCCUCUAGGAUUCACGGAAUUGUUUGACGAGUUCAGAAACCAAGAAGGUCUGACCAGUGUCGAUGAUAUCUUGGCAGCUAUUAUCGAUCCUGAAGGAAUGUCCUUUAACGACUUGAAACCCCUGUACAAAGAGUUCUUGUUGAAAUUGGCGGCGACGUUGACGCAGGAUGAACUAUACCAGAGGUCAGCCAGCAUAAUGAGGAGGCGCCGCAGGCCGCAGCGAAGACGAUCGAGUCGUCGAACCUGCCUAUUGGGCAGGGCUAUUAAGAGGUCGGUGUCGAGGCUGAAGGGUGGCCCGACGGAAUUCACUUCCGUUAUCUUUCCUGCGAGGAGACUAAACGAUAGUUUCGGUAGUAGUUCUUCUUGCGACGCCAGAAACAAUCACGGGAACCGUGUAUUGGCUAACAGACUGGGAAAAAGGAAGUCUUCAUGGAGGACUAGUAAAAACGGAGGCUGUCAUACUACUUCCGAGGACAGUGAUACGUGUAGGAGACUAAAUCGAAGCGCAGGCGCUGCCGCGAACAGAAGCAGCAGCGGCUAUGUGAGUUGCAGCGAAUGCAGCUACGAUUCCGAGUCCUGUACCUGCAUAUCGGCGGAUAAGUGUUACUGCUCGCUGUCCAGGAGAGUGCCAGCACAGCCCCAUGUGCCUCCGAAUACAGUGGUAUGCGCCUGUGACACCGACAGCUGCUCUGAAAGCAAUAAAUGUUACUGUGCCCGACAGCCGAUCCGACCAACCAUAUUGGAGCAGUUGAGGCAGAGGGGCAUCGUGCCCUCUGAGAGCACCCUCAGCCGAGCCGGAAGUCCGGACAGAGCUCGAGCGACGAAGACCGGCAGAAGUCGAACGCCCUCCCAAGGUUUGGAUGUACUCAAGAAGCAGUCGUCGUCAAGCUACGGCAGUUCGAACAACCUCGCCCUGGAUUACGACUUGUUCAAUCCAGGACGAAAGUCUCAGCAGUCCUCGGACAGUGAAAAGGUGCUAGUUGUUAGUGCCAGAGACACACAGGGCCGUUUGGUAUACGUCGGUGGCGCAGAAAGGGACAAGAAAUGUCUUUCCCACUGUUCCAAUCGAUCUGGAGCUCAUCACGAAGCUCUCUCAAUUAAGAAAAGUGCAGAGAUUGCAGCCAUCUUCGGAGCUGACUCAAACAGGAUCAGUAGGAGAGCCAGUAAUGCCUCCAGCAUCAAGAGUUCUAUCAGUCUGGAAGCUGGUUUAGGAUAUUUACCGUGA